AUGGAUAAAGCUAAGGAAUUAUUAGGAAGCUUUGAUUUCUCUGAAUUGAAAAAUUUACUUCUAAAAUGUAAUUCUGAGACAUUUUUAAAAUUUAAUACAUUUACACUUUCUGUAGCUAUAAUUAUAGGUAUAGCUUCGGUAUAUGCUGCUAAUUAUUUACUUAACACCUGCAGUAUGGAAAGAACAGAAAAAGACUUAGAUGAUGAAGUAAUUAAAAUAAGAGCAGAUCAAAAAAGUAGUAAAAAAGACGAAGCAGAGAAAAAUGCCAGUUGUUCAUAA